AUGAAUACAAAUAACAAUACUAAUAACAAUAUUAAAAAUAAUAAUAGCAAUAAUAAUAAUAACAAUAGUAAUAAUAAUUUUGGGCUAGGAUGGAUGUCAUCAAUUUCAGACCAAUUUAGCCAAAUUAAAGAUGUAAUGACAUCUGAAACUGGUGGAUAUGAAGAGUACGAUAAUGAAGAAGAUGAAGAAAUAUUCAUGUUAAGAACUGAGGUACUUAAAUAUAAAGAAGAGGUUUCAAAUCUUGAAAAGAAAAUUGGCGAAUUUGAAGAAAGAGAAGUUAAUAUCUCCAAAGAGUAUUCUCUAAUUUUAAAAGAAAAAAAUAAUGAAAUCAAUGAAUUGAAAUCAAUCAAUGACAAUUUAAAAUCAUCUUUAAUAUCACCAACAACUACAAGCAAUAUAAAAGAAGAACAAGAAGAAAAACCAAAAAUUGAUAGCGAAUCAAUCGGAAUCCCGUUAGAAGAUGAUGAUUAUAAUAAUAUAACCACCAAUAAUAACAAAAGCAAAGAUACUCAUCAAGACGAUGCUUUUUUACUUGAACAAAUUAAUAAACAUAAAGAAGAUUACCAAAACCAAAUAUCAUCACUACAAGAGCUUCAUCAAGAAAAACUUUAUUCAUUAACCCAAAAGAAUGAACAAUUGGAAGAAAAACUUUUAUCACUCGAGGAACUAAACUCAAAAUUAGAAAACGAACAAACACAACUAAAAACAAUGAUUGAUAAUUUAAAAAAUCAAAAUAAUAACUAUACACAAAAUAUAAAAGAACUAAAUGAAAACAUUGAAAGUUUAAAGAUCCAGCCAACAACUUCAAAUGAUCAAAGUAAAAAAGAUGAUACCUCAGCAGAUAGUGAACAAAUUAAUAUAUUAAAAGAACAAAUAAAUAAAUCAAACAAAGAACUAUCUAGAUUAAGACAACAUCUUAUUGAUAUGGAAGAACAACAUACAACAAUAGAUUUAGAAAAUGAAGAAAAAAUUUCAAAUUUAGAAAAAGAAUUAAAAAAAUCAAUGGAACACAACAUAAACUCGAGCCUAAUGAAUGAUCAAAUUAACAAAUUAAAAAACGAUGCUAUCGAAAAAGAUGAAUUAAUUAGACAAGCACAUGUACAAAUCAAUAAUCUUAACAAUGUUUUAGAGCAAUUCCAAGCAGAACAAGAAGCAGUUAUUAGAACCGAAGUUAUUCAUUUAGAGGAGAAAUUAAAAGAAUCAUUAUCAGAAAUUGAAGAUUUAAAAAAAGAUAAGGAAGAAUAUAUCUUACUUCAAAAGAAAUACCAAGACGCUCAAAGUCAAAUUCAAAUUUUAUACCAAGAUAUUCAAAACAAAACUUUGGAAUAUAUUAAAUUAAAAGAAGAUAUUGAACCACUAAAAGCUGCUUUUGAUAAAAAUAUUUUAAGAUUGGGUGAUAUGUGUCUUCAAGAACAAGAAUCUGUUGAUAAGCGUGUUGUUAGUAAAUUACUCCUAAACUAUUUUAGAGGUAAUAAAAAGGCUGAAAUUUUAGAAUUAAUUGCAAAAAUAUUAAACUUUAGUGAAAGUGAAAAAAUAUCUAUUGGUUUAACCAAAAGAAAUCAAUGGUCAUUAAUACCUCCAUUCUUUGGUGGUAAUAAGGAACAAGCAGGAGAGGAUGGUGAUAAACCUUUAGCUGAAAUGUGGAUCGAAUUUUUAUUAAAAGAAGCUUCAGGUGAAAAUUUAAAGAAUCAAAACCCAGUUAAUACAGUAGAAAUAAACAAUAAUGAAGUCAAUACUACAACCCUUCCACCAAAUAAUAUUAAUAACUCUUCCAAUUCAAAUCCAACACCUUUUUCCACACCCGUUAAACAACCACCACCAAACUUUUCAUCACAAGUACCACCAUCAUCACCCUCAACACCUUACAAAAUGAAUAGUAAUUAUUUUAGUGUCACUCCCAAUGGAAAGAAUAAAACAAGUACAGUUAUUUUCGAUGGUGAUAUGAACGAUCCAUUUAAAUAA